CAAAAAAUUUCUGUGAAUCAAGUUUACACACACUUUGCAACACUAAAAAUAGAGUUUGAGAAGUCUAACAUUCUACAAGUCUGGCAGUUUGUAUUUUUGUCAAUUGUCAGAAGUUUCCAGAACUUUAUUUGAUUAAGUUACACGGUGAAGGCGCGGAUCGUGUUUCUGUAUUGUAAGGACGCUAAAUUCGAGUACUUGUAUUUUUAAUUGUGAUUUGUUUCAUACUAAAGUUACCUCAACAAAAUACUAUAUCAGUAUGCAUUCGUUUUUCCAAAAAGAUGUAGACACAAAAAUGUUGGCACCACGAACAAGUGCUGAAAAGUAUUGGGACCGUAAAUACUACUUGCCAAAAUUUGGCGAAACUUCGGUAAUUCUAAAGGAAAGAUGGUUUAAUGAAGAUGCUGAAGAAUUUAUAGGUGCAAUAGAAAUUUCCUCUGCAGAUGAUAUAGAAAAAAAAGGAGAAAAAGAAAAAGAAGUACCUGAUAUCAAUGGCAGUGCUAAGCAAAACGUUGAAUUGGAAUUUAUUCCAUUCGAGAAGAAGACAUCAACUAUGGAAACUUCCAUUGAGUCUGAUCCUAGCACAAGUACUGAAAAUGUUUCUGAACGCUCCGAUGAAGAUAGUAAUAUGUUACGUAAAGUGCUUCGUAACGAUAUAAAGCUUCGAUUCGAUAAGGUGAAGGUAGAUUUAAAAAAGUUAUGUGCAAUUUCUAAUGAAAAAGAUCCGAAUGAAUACGUAUUCGAGGAAUUAUGUCAUUGCCUAAAUACUAAUGCCAACGUCUUUUACGAUAGUCUGCUUAAAGCAUUGUUCGUUCAUACCGGUUCGGAACUUAAGUUAUAUAAAAAGCAGAUAAAUCAAGUCUUCAAGAAAAUGGAAUGGGCACAUCGUAAGUUUUUUAAUAUUAAAUUUGAGCGACUAUCAGAUAGAUUCAAGAAAUAUCUGUACUACAACUCAAAUGUUGAUUUCAAUAUGCAAGAAUGGACUAAAAUGAGUAGAAGACUCUCUCAUUUGAAACUAUAUGGGCCUGAAGUUGAUAAUAAGAAAAUUUUGCUUGGCAAUCUACGUGAAUGUGUGGUAGAAAUUAGUGGUUCCCCACAUAUGGUGUUCAUCAAAUGCAUUCGCGACUCUUUAAUACUUUGUGGACCCACUGAAAGUUCCAUUUAUAUUGAGCUAUGCUAUGAUUGUGUGUUUCUUAUUGCCGGAAAGCAAUUGCGCAUAAAGUAUUCCACAAAUUGCAAUAUAUAUUCACAGAUACGCAACAUUAUUGCUAUCGAAGCUUGUAGUGAACUUGGCUUUGGUAAAUAUAAUCUCUUUUAUCGAAAUAUUGAAAACGAUUUUGCUAAAGCUGGAAUGGUAUUCAACGAUGACUACACCGGUAAAAUAGUGGAUGCUAACUGGCCAAACAAAACAAAAUCCCCUCAUUGGACAGUUCUAGAUUCCAAAGUUGCGGCAUCAGCUUGGUUUGAAUAUAAAGAAAAUCUGUUAGCAAAAAUUCGUAAGGCAAAAGAGGAGAAAAAAGAAGUCGAUGAACAACUGCAAGAAAUUAUACCAGAUCUAAAAUCUUCCCAAAUUGUUGAAAAGGAGAAAAAUGAUAAGGAAAGGAACGAUAAAGAGAAAGAUGAUACGAAGAACAAUGAUGAGAAGAAAAAUAAUAAGGGGAACAAUAAUGAGAAGAGUAAUAAUGAGGGAAAAAAUGAUAAAAAGAAAAAUGAUGAAACGAAGAAUGAUGUAAAGAAGAUUGACGAGGAGAAGAACGAUAAAAAGAAGGACGAUGAGAAGAAGAACGAAAAGAAGAAAAAUGAGAAGAAGAAUGAUAACAAAAAUGAAGAGAAGAAGAAUGAUGAGAUGAACAAUGAAAGGGAAAUGCAUGAAAAGGAGAAUAUUGAUGGAAAGAAGAUAGACAAGGAGAAGAAUGAUAAGAAUAAUGAGGAGAAUAAUGAUAAUGAGAAGACCGAUAAGGAGAUAAAUGAUAAGGAAAACAAUGAUAAAAAGAAAAAUGAUGAAAAGAAGAUUGAUGAAGGAAAAAAUCCUAAAGAAAAGAACGUUAAGGAGGAGAAUGAUAAGGAGAGGGAGAAAAAUAAUAAGAAGAAAAAUGAUAAAGAAGACGCGCUAAAUGCUACUGGACGCUAUACCAUAAAAUUAGUAACUGUUUGUACCAGAUGGCGUUGCGCUGGUUAA